AUGCGCGCGUCAUCUCGACUCUACAGUGGGCUGCUGCGCCGCACGCCGUCCAACUGUCGCCGUUUUGUGCCGCCGUGGGAAAAGGACGGGAAGACGGCUGAAGAGCUCUUUGGCGGCAUUUUGCAGAGCUCCAACCCAAUCCAAAAGCAGCGCAGGGAUGCGGAGCGUCAGCGACAGUUCGAAGAGGCCGCCGCCGUUGAGGACGCCUUAUCGCCGGAGGAGCAGCGGAGAUUGGAUGCGAUGGAGGCGCACAACGCUGCAGUCGCCGAGGAGCGUUGCAAUUUCCUCCCGUAUGGGGCGACCCCGCACAAAUACUUUGAGACCACCAACAUGGCCGCCUGGGGUGAGUACAAGACCGCCCUUCGAGCCGUGGUGAACGUCAGUGCCUCAUCGCAGUCGCCGUCGAACAGUGAGGGCUCAUAUUCGCUAAGCGUCCAGCAUCAGUUGGUGGAGGACAUGGAGGACAAGAUUCCGUACAGGUAUGACGCGUAUGUGGAACCGGCAGCGUCGCCGUCGUCUUCAUCGGCUCACAAAAGUCCGCAAUGGCCGUUGCACGGGUCGGUUGGCUUGGUUAUGGACAUCGACGGCGUCGUGUACCGUAGCCAUCGUCUCAUACCAGGCGCCGACACCGCUAUUCGGAAACUCUCCACGCUGCGCAUCCCAUUUGUUUUCAUGACGAACAGCGGCCACAAAAGCGAAGCCGACAAGGCUGAGGAGCUUUCCGCGUUGCUGGGCUGCGACAUCAGCGCGAACCAGGUGCUCCUCGCGCAUAGCCCGAUGCGCCUGCUUGCACCGGAGUACGGAGAGGAGCGCGUGCUUGUCGUCGGUGCGCCGCACUGCGCGCAUAUCGCACGCGAGUACGGAUUUCGGCGGGCCAUCUCUGUCCAGCAGUACCAGUGUGAGCACCCAGAGAUGGUGCCGUUCAAGAAGUGGGGUGCCCUGAAGCGGGCGGCACCGGGCACUGUACCGUUUCCUGCCAUCAGUGCCAUUCUGCAGAUGAGCGACCCUGACGACGCCUUCAACGACAUCCAGACCGUGCUGGAUGUCAUCCUCGCACCCGGUGGUCAGGUUGGCCCGUACGUCUCCGGCGCUCAGACGACGCCGUACUUUGCCGCGGCUGACGACUUACUGUGGGCCACAGAGGCACCGCUGCCGCGACUCGGUCAGGGUGCGUUUCGCGAAAUGCUGGCCUCUGUUUACGAGAGCGUCACCGGACAGGGCAUGCAGCUGCAGCAGUAUGGGAAGCCGCGCGCUAUCGCUUACGCGUAUGCCGAAAAGCGCUUGAAGGAAGUGUCCGCGUCGCUGGGGUGGGAUCCGAACCAGUUUCGCUCCAUCUUCAUGAUUGGCGACAACAUCGAGAGCGACAUUGUCGGCGCGAACGCCGCUGGGGAACUGUGGACGAGCGUGCAUGUGCUCUCCGGCAUUGGGCGUGCGCCUGCAGCCCGCCGCACGCUGAGUAUUGACGAUUGCGAACUGGAGUGGAUCGAGUCGUGUGUGUCCAAGACACCGCACUACGUCGCACCUACGCUGGAUCACUUUGUGCGGGAGCUGCUCGCCUUCCCCGAGGCGGCACUCUUGCAGAACAAGGUACCGUACCACGGAAAGCUGAAUCCGGUUGACCUGCACGGUGCGUACAACUUUCGCGAGUGA